AUGUCGGUUCCGGGUAACAUCAACACGGCGCCGCCGCCGUCGUCUUUUGAUGGCAACGAGGAUUUCUAUGAAGAGUCGAGAUGGGGCAAGUUCAAGAGGAAGGUCCUCCAGGAGCCUCUGAUCCCACUGGGGUGCGCCUUGACUUGCUGGGCGUUGUAUGAAGCUACUCGAUCAAUGCGUUCAGGAGACAAAUACCGAACAAACCGCAUGUUCCGUCGCCGUAUCUACGCUCAAGGUUUCACCAUUCUCGCAAUGAUUGCCGGAUCCGCAUACUGGGAGGGCGACAGAGUGAAGAGGAAGGAGUUUGAUGGGCUGGUCGAAGAGAAGAAGACCAAGGAGAAGCACGGAGCUUGGUUGAAGGAACUGGAGAUUCGUGACGAGGAAGAGCAGGAGCUUAGACAGAUGCGCAAUCGAUUGAUCRAGGGCAAGACGGCGGAGACCCAGAAGUACAGCGAGGAGGAGAGGCGAGCACUUGAGGACCAGCAGAAACAGGAUGCUGGACAGCCAAAGGGGGGUUUUGGAGAGGUACGAAAUGUGUUGGAGGAGUGUGAGAGCCGAAGACAAGGCAAGAUCUUGGCCGCCGUACAGGAGCUCUGGCAAGGGCGGAGAUGA